CGCUUCGCAUCCACUGCUGCUCCCUGCGACGCGCUAAGUGCGGAGCGACGAGACGCGCUGCAUACCAACAGAGAGACGCGGGAGCAGGCUAAUUAAGCUCAAGUGGCGAUUUACGACCGGCUAGGACGCGCAGAACCCGUCUUGUUCGCUGACAACAACAACAACAAAAAAGGUUAUUUUUUGGUCGCGUCAUUGGACAGUUUACCUUGAACAUUUUCCUCCCAUGCGUUUUCUCUAAAUAUUUUUCCUUCAAGGCACUGAGAGCCAAACUAAGUGUUCAGGUUAUUUGUUUUAUUUCGGCUCUGAUAUUUUUUUCUGGCUGACAGAGUCUGCACAGGAGAAGACAAACAGCCCCCUUUGCCUCUCUCUCCGGUCAUCAGAAGGAAAAGUCAAGUGGAUAAAACUGAUGUUUUCGUCCAGUCACAUGUAGAAGAAGCGUUGGACUAUUGCUGUUGAUAUUCAUCCACUGGUUCGGGUUUUUUUUAUUAAUAAGGGAAACAGAGUCCCUGCAACGGCACCACAAAGGAGGAAUACCGAGGCUGCAAAAACAAGCAGAAAAUCAAUCAGAACUCCAUCAUGGGCUGCCCUCUCUUGCGGAACGCGUUUGCUGGAUUGAUCCUGGUUCUGCUGUCGAAAGCGUCCAGUGUGCACGGAGGAGAGUUCGGACACCUGCCGGACAACAUUACAGUGUUGGAAGGAGAAAGAGUCACUUUGAGAUGUCGGAUCGACGAGGAGGUGACCCACAAGGCCUGGCUGAACCGCUCCAACAUCCUGUUCACGGGGACGGACAAGUGGUCGCUGGACAAGCGUGUGACGCUGGCCAACAGCAACAACAGCGACUUCUCCAUCCACAUCGACGAGGUGCAAGUAUCCGACGAGGGGCCCUACACUUGCAGCUUCCAGGCCAAUAACAAGCCCCGCAUUGCCCACGUCUACCUCAUUGUCCAAGUGCCGGCCAGAAUUGUCAACAUCUCAAAAAACGUGUCGGUGAACGAAGGCGAGAAUGUAAACCUCUACUGCCUGGCAGUGGGUCGCCCUGAGCCCACCGUCACCUGGAAAGACCAGAAAUACGGGUUGGUGAGUGACGGCGAGUUCCUAGACAUCACAGAGAUCAAGAGGCAGCAGGCCGAGGACUACGAAUGCAUCACCAACAAUGGAGUGGCUUCACCCGAUCAGCGCAAAGUCAAGGUGACGGUCAACUACCCUCCCAUGAUCACAGACAUGAAGAACAUGCCAGCCCAUUUGGGUAAGACCGCCAUCUUGCGUUGCGAAGCCAUGGCAGUCCCGCCAGCCUCCUUCGAGUGGUACAAAGAUGACCACAGGCCGGUAGAGAGUGACAACACCCUUAGGAUCAAAAACGAGAAGACGCGCUCACUGUUGCUGUUCACCAACGUGACAGAGAAACACUUUGGCAACUACACCUGCUUUGCCUCAAACCGUCUGGGAGCUUCCAACGCCAGCAUGCUGCUGUUUCGACCGGGCGCCAUACAAGGGCGAGGGACCGGUCUACAUGGAGGGAUGGGUGUCAGCGUGUGUUUUUGGUUUUCCCUCUCUGCUGUUCUUCUGCUGAAGGUGUAAAGAUCGAGCUCCACUUGGAAUUGUCCCUAAACGCCCCGUCCCCCCUCUUCCUCCCUCUCUCCCCCUCUACGGAAGGAAGAAGGAAAUGAAAUUCUUUAAUUACGAACCCAUCACUGUGAACAAAAAGAAUAUGCAUUAUUCCAGGAGCCAUUGAAUCAUUGCAUCAAACACACAACCACAUUAUCCCCCCCCUCCCUUCCCCAAAACCCCCGCUGCCUCGAUUCAAUUUCAAGGUCAAACCAUUGUCAUCAUCUCUUCCUCCCUCUCUCCCACACAUCUGUCUCUCUCUUUUUGUUUCCCAGCAUGCCUUGCAGAUUUGUCUGACUUGGUACUUCCCUCCUCACCUUGUUUUCCCCUCAUUAUUACCACUGGGCCAAUGUUAAUAGAGAGUGUAUAUUAACAAUCAAUUAUUGUGUCGGUGAUCAAUGAGAAAGUAGAUAAUCUAACAACUGGAUGAUCAUUUAUGUAAUAUACAUAGACUAAUGACUGACCUACAAUGUUUGCCUUAUGACACAUAAAAUCUCAAUUUAAUGGUGGAUAUUUAUAGAAUUAUAGUAAUAAUGUGUUAAAAACGGUCAUGUGACCUUUUGAAAAUUGUUCAAUUGGUGGCCAUGUGGAGUGUCACCCUCUGAUCACACACACCUACACCUACACACACGCACAUGUAUGGAUUUUUGAUUUUAACUGUGUAGCAGUGAAGCUGCUAUGAAUGAUGUCAAAAUGUAUUAAAAAAGGGUGGGUGGUGACGGCGUCAGUCUUAACUACCCCUUUAUGUAACUUUGGGGGUUUAUACCAAGGUUUCGCAUGUAGACCCCCUCACUACCCAAACCUUUUUAGCCCCCUCCCUCCGCCCUUCUGUUCAACGUGCUCUUGUCUAGUCGCCCUCCGCAUCGCUUUAGUGUUCUCUGCUCCGUGUCGACCCUCCUCCCUCCGUCUUCUUCCCCCAGUGUAAAUAUAUGCAGUAAAGAGGCCACGCCGGCGACUUCCGAGUUGCCCGGCGCUGAACGACAUCUCCCAUCAGCCUCGACUGCGCUCCAGUUUUCUGAAGCAGCAAGAGACUGUCCAGCGACAAUGAUGUCUUCUGUUUCAAAGCUGCGACUCCAUCCUCUUUGUCGCUUGUUGAUAGCAUGUACCGGUUAGAGAUGUUCCUGUUGUGAGUCCACACUCCCUUCACCCCCCCUCCCUCCCCCCUCCCUGCACUGUGUCUGUUUUACUCUGCAAGGUUACCUGCUUUUACUUUUUUGGUGUUAAUAAUAGUACAGAUGAUGAUGAUGAUGUUAAUAAGUAUUUGAAUAACUAUGAAUAGUAAUUCCAUGUGAGAAAAAAAAAGAACAAAAUCUGAUGGUAAUGAGCCGUGCGUGGGAAAAAAGAUUUUUUUUGUACUUUACUCUGAGAAGUCACACACAUUGAACAACCACAAUGAAAAAAAAGAGACAUGUAAAGUUUUUGAAGUGAUGUGCUCUAUUUUGCCAUGACAAGCUUUUUAAAAACGCAUUUGAAACAGUCUGAGGGAUUAUUUCAUCCAAGUCAAGAAGCAGUGAAUGAUGAUGUUAUUUAUAAUUUGUAACAGUUUAUGUAUUGGACUAUUUCUUUUACAUGCUUUGAACUGCAUCACAGAUUUACAGCAUAGUUGUCCAGUUAUCAUAGUGUGUGUCUCUCUCCAACCAGAUAGAUAAAUGAUUUGGAUCCAUGUCAGUCUCUGAUUGUGGCUGUAAGUCGGUUCUUGUUGGGCCAGACCACAGGGAGACAAAGAUGUAAUUAGCCGUUACCUGUGGCUGGCUAAGUGAAGGAGUCGGGGCUCCACCUGUCCCUCCUGCCAGCCAGUGAUGGCCCCCAUAAAUCAAGCUCAUACCUGCCACUGACAGGAAUCCUCUUCAAGGACAACCCCGCCUCGGUGCACGAGUCCUCCCUACAAUGUGUCACCUGUGACAUGCAGGCAUGGGCACUACAAAACCCCCAUGGCACAAUUAUCCAUCCACUACCCCCGCACAGCACAAACAGUGGGAGGUAAGCCCAUAUUUCAAUACAGUGGCACUCGUUUACCUGCUGAAACACUGUUUCCACUCACAUGCAGCGACUAUAUGCAAAUUUGCCAUAACGAGCCUGCACGGAGAGAUGAGUUUACCCCCGCUGAACCCUGACUACUGCGACCUUAAAGGGGAAUUACUCAGUAUUGAAUCAAUUGUCUGAAUGUGUUAUGUUUGAUUUUGUUUCAAACCAGCAAUAACCCCUAACACUACUGUGCGAGAAGUAUCAGAUAUGGUUAAAGCUGUGGUGUAAUAUCUGAAGAGAUUAACAAGGUAUAUCAAAUAAGUCUGUUGUUGUGCUUUUACUGUGUACAGUACUCUGAAAUGAUUGUGAAGCUCUGUUUAGAUGGCCCUUAAUCUAAAACACUACAUGUUGUACUCAAAAAGUCGUGCCCUCUGCGAUGUAGUCGGGUUGUCUGUGUGACAGAACACACUGUUUGUGCAUGCAUCUUGUUGCGCAAAAAGUAAUGACGGAUUCCAUGUCAAGCACAAGAGCAGGUUGUUUGGUCAGUGCUUCUUUUUUUCUGCCUCAGUCUCUGGUUCAUCCUCUCAUUAACUCGGUCUUUUUUUACUGUUUCUCACUCAAAUACUGUUUACUGUUCCAUGUCAGCGUCUCACUGGGUUUGUCAGUGGCAUAUAACAUCUCUAUGUACAUAUUCUGUCCUUGAUGAAGAAAAAGAACAAAAGAAUUGAAGGAAAAACAUCCCCAAAAAAAACACGGACAAAAAAAAAUAACAUACCGUCAUGUUUCUCAAUGUGGGAUUCAAAAAAAGCACGUCAAUGUUGGUGUAUGGGUGGAUUUUGGAAAAAAAAAAAAAAAUGAAAAAAAGAAACAAGCAAACAUUGUUGUGUUCAGGUUUAUGGGUAACGGGUCCAGAUGGGGGGAAUUCGGGCAAUAUGGCUUGAAACUGUGGAGUGAUGAUGAACAGAAUUUGGGCAUUUGUACAAACAAGCAGCUAAAGAAUCAUGAGUCAUGACGUAUGUAAAUGAAUCACACUUGGAGAGGGUGUGGGGAAGGAGGCAGCACAUCCCCUGGGUGCAGAAUUCGAGGGUAGCAGAGGAUGCUGUUGAGAGAGCACCCGGUCCGAUGGGCCUGUGGGACAAUACCCUGACAAUGCAAAUCCAAAAGCUGAGAGCCAGAGGGAGAUGGGAUGACACUAACCAGACUGUGAACCCUCCAGUUAGGGGGAGAAGACAGACAGGCCCUCAUAUUGCAUUUCCAAACUUGAGCGCCGUGGUCUUUCCCAGGGGAAGACCACACACUAUUUAUGGUUGCACUAUGUAAUAUGAACAGCAUUAACAUAGCCUUGAUCGCAAACACAGUCUGGCCUACUUCAAGUGUAUAAAUAACACCCCGACUGGGGUUCAAUGAGUUUACAGUGAUAUAAACAAGACGUUUGCUUGGCCUCUAAUUACAUUCGGCGCAGCCUGAUGAGAAAGUGUUGAUUGGCUCCUGCAGCUGAAGGUUAUGUGAUCUGUUUACAGAAUCUUUGUUAAUAAGAUGGCACAAAGCUUUUAUUUUGAGCUCACAAAACUAGCACGUAGCGGCAGUUGACAUUGUAUAGCAUUGUGUUGCACUUUAAUAGCUGUACUUUUGUUUCCGGUCGGAUUCGAGCAAUGGAUUUACACUGGCGGAAAAGGAGGUGAAUGUAUAUAGCUGUAAAUGAAUGGCCCUUUUUUGCUUUUAUAAACAUAUCAGUACAGUGUUUCGACAAGAACUUUGGAAUAUAGGGUUUGUAAAAGACCUGUUGCAGUUUCAGAGCACUGUGCCUUUGAAGAGAGGAGUCAGGUAAUUAAGCUCUUCAGAGUGUAAGGAAAGAUACCGCACGUCGCUCCUGAACUGUUGCAGUAAAAUAAUUAUGGUGCUUUGAAGCCAAGACUGUAGAAUGGCAGAAGAAGUGCAAGCCUGGAGAAGGUUUGAAUGUACUGCUGUCUUCAUUUUGUACGUGGCAGGCUCGUGCUGUAGCCUUUCCUACAACACCCUCCCUACAUGGAACAGAACCAGGACCGACUUUCAAUUCUGAAUGCAAUGGUUAAUCAAUACAUUCGACCAAAUGGAUUUGGAAUAGAGCAAUUUCUCCCCGGCCGGCCUUACCAGGUCCCCAGAAGCUGAAUUGAUGUCUACAGACCAGCCUUAGAACAGAGAGCAUAAUUCAUCAUGCCUGAUACAAGACACCCCUAAUUGCGCAUUGAUUUUUAAACCCUUCUCUGAAACCAUUUUGGCAAGCUGUAAUGUCAGCUCAGUAAACUAUGUGUUCAAAGCUACGGUUCAGAUCCAGGGAAUGAAGAAUUAAUCAUUUGUUUUUCAAGUCUAUCCAGGCUGGUAUUUGUUUUGCUCUGCCCGUACACGCCCACUGGGCUUUUAAACACCAGGCGCAGUGGGUGCUUUGAUGUUACAUUCGAUUUUAUUAGCAAUGACAGAGAUGUAACCUGGAUCAUUUUGCGGUUGCCAAUGUCAGCAGCUAUUGACAUUAUGUAUCCUGGGGCUUAUUUCUAGAUGUAAAAUACACAAAGAAAAAGAUCAUAAUUUAAUGAUGUGAGAAAUUGCAAACAUUGCUGUACCAGAGUCAGUAUACCAAAAGGCUAUAUAUGCAGGGUGACAAUUAUAUAUGAAUGAUUAUCAUUGCUCUAAAUCCCCUGCUCACGUCCUUUACAGCAAAGCACACCUAAUUCCCAUAUAUUAUCCUAAUUAUCCAUUGUUUACCAACUAUCUACAGGCUCAUUCAGUCCUCAUGGGCAAAGUCCAUAUUGCAAGUCUAUUAAGGCCCGGUACUUUUCCAUUACCACAGCUAAUGAGUGCAUUAGUGUACAGCAUGCUAGACGGGAUUGUGAUGACGGAAAGUCUCAGUGAGCAUGAGCACACUUCAGGUGUUUGAAAUGGCAUCAGAUUUGUUAAUUAAAGAGUCGCAUGACACUUGCAAGAUGAAGGUGUAGAUCGGGAUUCGUGUUCAUUAAUUGGGAUAGAUAGAUACAGUAUAUAGAUAGAUAGAUGUUUUAAUGCAGUGUUUAGUGUUAGUAUUUAGUUAAGAGUAGAUAAAUAGGUGUUCUGUAUAUAUUUAAAACCUCAGCUUGCAGCAAAGAUGCCUGGUCACAGAGACGCCAGCCUCGCCAUCUUCCUCAGCGCGACCACAGAUGGCAUCUUGUCAAUCACUCACCUCUCUAAGAACAGGAGCGUCUGGCUAAUUAACGGCGUGCUGCACUCCUCCAGUUGAGCAGCGUUCGCGUGGACCAGGCAACACAAUGGAGGCAUCUCGCCCACCACGUCUCCCCUAGUCAUUAAGUCGCCCACCUCACAACUCCAACAUAGGAGGAGUCCCAUUACUUGGCCUCUCUGAAUCACCAGCCCACGCCUGGCAUUUUGCUUGUCAAUCAACCGCAGGGUAAAUAUUGGUUGUGGUGCUGAGUACUGACAGGGGAAACUUGGAUUUCUUUCACAAAUGACAGCACCAACUGGUGUUUUUUUGUGCUGAUUUAUAUUGCGGUUCUGUGUCGGCGGGGGUGUGGUGAAGUCACCGAUGCGGGCUACAAGUGUCUUAUUACUGCGUUAGGUGCGCUAGAGGCUGGGAUAGACGACAGGAUGUAUGAUAGGGGGCUGGCCAUGUGCUUUGUGCCUCAAGAGGGCAAUAACAGUGAACAGACUGCAGGAACCCUCACUGCAGAGUAAUGGAAAAUGACCCAUUUGGAAACUAAUAACACAUUCUACCAGGAGAGACCCAACCGUGUAUAAUGGAGGGAAUGAGUUGUCUUAGGUUAGUGUUGAAUUUGGAGCCCAUCUCCCUCUCUCUCUUCUCUCCCUCUCUCUACACACACACACACAUUUCCUUCCUGUCCUCCAUUUCUUUUUGUGUGGAGAUAACCUGUGAUAAGUCCUGCUCUCUCACCUCUCAGUACUCCAGGUUUGCCCACUCUGCCGUUUCUGAUAUAAAUGAUGURUUAGUAUUUGUGCGUGUGUGUGUUGGUUUCGCCGGAUUAUGAGGACGUUUCUAUGGUACCUGCUUACUCUGUGAGGACAUCAUGGACUUGUGAGGACAAAGGACAGGUCCAAUAAGUUGAACAGUGUAGCAGCACAAGUGUGUGUGUGUUUGUGUGUGAAUUCUCUGAGCUGCACAGGGCAGGCUUGUUUGGUUCCUUCAUAACACAGACCUGAAUUACAGACAGUGUUCCAUUCCUCAACAUCUCAUCAAUGUAAAACACACAAGACAAAAAAAACAAUGAAAGGAGCAAAACAUUUGCCUUCCACCGUGACAGGUGUUCAGUGCUGUGAAGCGAUGAUUGUACUUCCUUUUGAUCGGUUUAGUCGCUGAACGUGUCUUCUUUGACUUUUAUUUCCGAGUGUCUUUUUUUUUUUUUUUCAAAAUCCAUGAAGUGGAGUUAAAAAUCAUAUCAUGUGGAGGGAGACAAAAAAAUAAAAAAUCUGUUUUGUUUUUAA